CCCAGAGCCGGGAACGCGACGUGAAUGAGAGCGGCUCCAGGAGCUGGGCAAUACGAACAGGCGGCAUGGGAUGCUUCUGGUUGUUUGUGCUGUACCUCUUCUCCCCAGCUGGAGCAAACUUCACUGAACUGACAGGGAUGUUUGGGCAGAUUCAGUCUCCCAAUUACCCAGAAGGUUACCCGAGUGAUUUAGACUCAACCUGGAAUAUCACAGUUCCUACAGGAUUCCGAAUCAAACUCUAUUUCAUGCAUUUUGAUCUGGAGCCUUCCUAUCUUUGCGAAUACGAUUAUGUGAAGGUGAGUACCGAGGGAGCAGUGGUAGAAACAUUUUGUGGCAGAGAGAGUACUGACACUGAACGAAUCCCUGGCCAAGAGUUUGUCUUAACAAACAGCAACACCAUGACUGUUACAUUCAAGACAGAUUUUUCCAACGAGGAGCGAUUUACUGGCUUUGAAGCUCAUUAUUCCGCCGUCGAUAUUGAUGAGUGUGUGGAGAAGUUGGAUGAAGCAUUGGUCUGCGACCAUUUCUGUCACAACUACAUCGGUGGAUUUUACUGCUCUUGCAGAUUCAGCUACAUCCUUCAUUCAGAUAAUCGGACCUGCAAAGUUGAGUGUCGUGACAAUGUGUUCACUGAGAAAUCAGGCGUGAUCAGCAGUCCAGACUAUCCCAAUUCGUAUCCCAAAAGCUCAGACUGUCUAUACCGCAUUGAACUGGAGGAAGGAUUCACCAUCUCUUUGGAAUUUGCAGACAUCUUUGAUUUAGAAGAUCAUCCAGAUGUGCCGUGCCCUUAUGACUACCUGAAGAUUAAAGCUGGAAUAAAGGAGUUUGGCCCAUAUUGUGGAGAUAAAAGUCCAGGAAAGAUCGAUACGAACAGCAGCAGUAUUCGCAUUCACUUCCACAGUGAUGAUUCAGGGGAUAACCAAGGCUGGAAGCUCACUUUCACAUCAGUCGGCACUCCAUGUCCUAUUGUACAUCCUCCUGCCAAUGGUACAAUUGAACCUGUCCAGGAGCAAUAUUCAUUCAAAGAUCAGGUCCAGAUCAGAUGUAACACUGGAUUUAAAUUUGUCAAGGGUGGUGACGAGGUGGAAGCUUAUCAGAUUGAAUGCCAGAAAUCUGGAACAUGGAGUAGCAGUAUUCCUACAUGCAAGGUUAUCGAUUGUGGAGCACCCCGACCACUAGAGGAUGGAUUCAUUACUUUCCACACCACAGACAAUCUAACACUGUUCGGGAGUCACAUUGAAUAUUCAUGUCAUGCCUUAUAUUACCGGAUGGAGACAGAAUUGAACACUACGUACACCUGUAUGGAGAAUGGGUUUUGGGUCAAUGAUGAGCUGGGCACAGAUCUCCCUACCUGUCAACCAGUCUGUGGAAGGCCAGCUCGAUCCCUGCCACCACUCAACAAGCGUAUUAUUGGAGGGCGGACUGCACUCCCGGGCCUCUUCCCCUGGCAGUUAUUGAUGGUGGUGGAGGACAUGAGCCGAGUCCCAAAGGACAAGUGGUUUGGCAGUGGAGCUUUGCUGUCCAGCACCUGGGUAUUGACUGCAGCUCAUGUAUUACGCUCGCAGAGAUGGGACACCAUCACCUUUGUUCCAAGUGAAUAUGUCACUAUCUACCUGGGGCUGCAUGAUGUUCGGCAGAUGGAAGCUGCUGUGAAGAGAACUGUUGAAAAUAUCAUUCUUCACAAAGCAUUUGAUCCAAGAACUUACAAUAAUGACAUUGCUUUAGUGAAGAUGAAGGACAAAGUCACUAUGAAUGUCUUUGUGAUGCCAUUAUGUCUCCCCAGUCUUCAGGAGGUGGAAGAACCACAGCCAAAUACUCUAGGAUUAGUGGCUGGCUGGGGCAUUACCAACCCGAACCUGACCAUGGAUGACGCCACUGAUGGUGACCAUGCAACACUGUCAAAUAUCUUACAGUACGUGAAGCUUCCAGUCACACUCCAGGCUGAGUGUAAAAGCAGCUAUGAGUCACGUUCUGACAGCUACAAUGUGACAGAUAAUAUGUUCUGCGCUGGCUUUUAUGAAGGUGGCAAGGACACAUGUUUAGGUGACAGUGGAGGAGCGUUCAUUACAUAUGACUCAGUCACACAGAGCUGGGUUGCUCAAGGACUGGUAUCUUGGGGUGGGCCUGAGAAAUGUGGCAGUAAACGAGUAUAUGGAGUUUACACCAAGAUUUCCAAGUAUAGAAGGUGGCUGGCAGACAAAAUGAACAAUUCCUCAGACUAAUGCAGAAUGUACAUGAA